CACAGAGCUGCCACAGCGGUUUCCACUGUUCCAGUGUCGUUGGCGGUGACACCAUCCCCCUGAGCGAACCUACCUGCAGUAGCGACAGUGCACACAUCCAAGAGGUCGCCAGGCGCUUCAGAUGUCUGGCAGACGAUGUCUUCCACGGGACUGGAGCGAUCUUACCGUGCUGUCUGGAAUGAAGACUUUAACGGUAUCUUCGUUCUCGCUCAGGAUACCAGGAACCUCCAUUCGCGACGAUCUAGGCUACACACCUCGUCGAGAAGGCUCAUCGGGUGACCAUCAAAAGCAAAACUCAGGGGCGGUUCGAUGCGAGGAAGCUUGAAGACAUGGUCGAAGUGGUUCAAAAGAGGGAGCUGCGCGAAGAUGCACUAUUAAAGAGCACCGGGAAUAAGACAUGUAAAUUGUGCGGUAACAGACAGACUGGUGUUGAUACUGCUAUACUAGCAAUGGCAGAUUCGUAUGUGUCACGAGCAAGGUGACCGGUAAGACGAUGUGCUUGACGAGUUACAAGACACGGCAAUCGCGACCUUCUGAACACAGCUACGAUUGGAGAGGCAUGUCAGGCCAGGUCGAUGGCGUCUUCGUUGUUCGAGCCCAUCACUACGAGGCUGUGGCGAAGAAUUUGUGGCUGCUGGUUCAAUGUGACACGAGGAUUAGACGUGAUCGGGUUGGAAGAGUCGAAGAAGAAGAAAAGGAUCGCAGCCGUACGUGACCUUGCAAGAAGUGUGGAAGCAGAUGAUGGCGUGUGCGGAUCGAGUGUCGAGGAAACAAUAUUAGGCUUGUCCUGCCAACUAUCAUCCUUUUUAAGUAUCAUAGCUGAUGUAUCCGGUAUACUGUCUCGUCGGAGUACCUUGUUCCCUUUAGUCGUCGAGACUGGCCUAGCUGGGUCAGGUCCUAAUCCGUCGACGACUCCAGCGUUGCACGCUUGAUACAUCUCAACGCCGAAGCGACUAAGAUUCACUCAUUGUUCAUUGGAUUCAUGUUGCUUUUCCGAUCAGCGUCGCCUUGUACUCAUUUUGAUUCUCA